AUGAUUUCAACUGGCUUACCCAAAUUGAAGUCGUGUAUCUCGCGGACUCCAUACGUGGUCAUGUUGAACAACAUUCGUCCGACCGACUCAUCCGCCAAGUAUUCGUAUUGCGCCAACUUUGCUUGUCUGUUGAAAAUGACCUGUCAAGCGAGACAAUUAACAUUAUUUAUCACAAACUGUCGAGCUCAGGCCCCAUCCGAAGACCCCCUCGCGGUUGCCACCUUCGAGCUGAUCGAGGACGACAUGCAAAAUGAGACUCUUGUCCACCCAAAAAAGACUCGGCCUCUUCUGCCCCACUCCAGCUUUCUCUUCUUUACAAUCCGCAACCCUUCGUGUAUACAACUUCAUCUCACUACCUCACUACCUCACUACCUCACUCCUUUCCUUCUUUUGCAUCGCACCCUCCACUCCGUGAUAUUUAUACACACCCACACUGUACAUUCCAACUCGAUGUAA